AAGUAAGUGAGCUAAAGUCGCCAACAAGAUGUCAAGAUUUUUUGCAACUGGUUCUGAUUCGGAAACCGAUUCCGAGAAUGAGGAGGUUCAGAUUCCAACCCAGCCAAAAGCCACAGCCUAUGCCUUCAGUGAUGAUGAGGAAGAAGUCAAGCGUGUGGUACGCUCCACCAAGGAGAAACGUUAUGAAAAUAUCACCGCCCUCAUCAAAACCAUUCGCAAUCACAAGAAAAUCAAAGACAUGGCUAGUAUACUAACAACGUUUGAAGAUCUAACCAGAGCCUAUCAAAAGGCCCUGCCCGUUAUUUCGAAAGAAGAAAACGGAGUUACACCCCGUUUCUACGUACGCUGUCUGGCCGAAUUGGAAGAUUUCAUCAAUGAGGUAUGGGAAGAUCGCGAGAGCCGCAAAAACCUAUCCAAGAACAGUGCCAAAUCGUUGGGCACAUUGCGUCAAAAGGUACGCAAGUACAUCAAAGACUUCGAAGAUGAUUUGGCCAAAUUCCGUGAGAAUCCCGAUCAAGAAAGCGAAGGCGAAGAUGAUGAGGCUGUUGAAGAGUCCGAUCAGGAUAAGGAUGAUGAUUUCACCAAUCGCGAUUCGAAGCAGCAAUUGUCGGCGGAACAAAAAACCUCCAAAGCGGCUCCCGCCAAAGUGGAGCAGGCCGAUGAUGAAUCCGACGAUUCCAUUGAUUGGGAUUCAGAUACUGAAACCGAAUCGGACUCUUCCGACGAUGACAACCAAUAUGUUAAUCUUCGUGAACGUUUCUUGAAGAAGGCAACCACCGGCAAGGAGGAUAAGGAUGAACGUGAGGAACGCAAGAAGGAGAAGCGCACCAAGGAACCCAAGUUGCGUCGCAAGCAAGAAGAAGACGAUGAAGACGGUGGAUGGGAAAUUGUUGUCAAAGGUCCCGUUGUGGAGAAACCCAAAAUGUUCGAACAGGAUGCUGAAAUUGAUGUUCCUUUGGUAUUGGCCAAGCUUUUGGAAAUCAUGUCUGCCCGUGGUAAGAAACGUACCGAUCGCCGCAUGCAAAUCGACAUGCUUUUCGAGUUGUUGGAAAUCUCCGAACAACAUAACUUGGGUGUUGCCGUGGCCGUUAAAAUCCACUUCAACAUUAUUUCUGCCAUCUACGAUUAUAACCCCAAGAUUUCUGAACCCAUGAAACUGGAACAUUGGGGCAAACUCUUGGAUGUUAUGCAGAACAUGAUGAAAUUGUUGUUGGCCAAUGAGAAUAUCAACAUGAGCGAAAGUGUUUCCGAGGAAAACGAGGAAUUCGUUGAGGCCCCCUUCUACAUUCGCGGUUGCCCCUUGGCUGUCGUAGAACGUUUGGACGAUGAGUUCACCAAGCUUCUGAAGGAAUGUGAUCCCCAUUCCAAUGACUAUGUGUUACGCCUCAAGGAUGAGGUCACCGUUACCAAGAUCAUUGAAAGCGUCCUGCAGUACUUCGAAAAGAUUGGCAACAACAAUGAACGUUGCCGCAUCUACUUGAGAAAGAUCGAACAUUUGUACUAUAAAUUCGAUCCUGAGGUAUUGAAGCAAAAACGCAAGGAGUUGCCUGCUGGCACUAUUACCUCCGUGCAGGUUAUGGAUCGCCUGUGUAAAUUCAUCUAUGCCAAGGAUGACACCGAUCGUAUUCGUACCCGUGCCAUCUUGGCCCAUAUCUACCACCAUGCUUUGCACGACAACUGGUUCCAGGCCCGCGAUUUGGUGUUGAUGUCCCACUUGCAGGAUAACAUCGACUCUGCCGAUCCUUCCACUAAGAUCCUGUACAAUCGCAUGAUGGCCAAUGUGGGUCUGUGUGCCUUCCGUCAGGAGAACAUCAAGGAAGCCCAUCACUGCUUGGUCGACCUUAUGGUCACCGGCAAACCCAAGGAAUUGUUGGCCCAGGGCUUGUUGGCUCAACGUCAACACGAACGUUCCGCCGAACAAGAGAAGAUCGAAAAGCAACGUCAAAUGCCCUUCCAUAUGCACAUAAACUUGGAAUUGUUGGAGUGUGUUUAUCUGGUAUCGGCUAUGCUUAUCGAAAUUCCCUACAUUGCUGCCCAUGAAUUUGAUGCCCGUCGUCGCAUGAUCAGCAAGACCUUCUAUCAGCAAUUGCGUUCAUCUGAGCGUCAAUCGCUUGUGGGUCCACCCGAGUCCAUGCGUGAACACGUUGUGGCUGCUGCCAAGGCUAUGCGUUGCGGUAACUGGCAAGCCUGUGUCAAUUUCAUUGUCAACAAGAAAAUGAACACCAAGGUGUGGGAUUUGUUCUACGAGUCGGAUCGUGUACGUGAAAUGUUGGUGAAAUUCAUCAAGGAGGAAUCAUUGCGUACCUAUUUGUUCACCUAUUCGAAUGUCUAUACUUCGUUGAGCAUUCCCUCGUUGGCUCAAAUGUAUGAGCUGCCAGUGCACAAGGUCCAUUCGUUGAUCAGUAAAAUGAUUAUCAAUGAAGAGCUGAUGGCCAGUUUGGAUGACCCCACGGAAACGGUGGUAAUGCAUCGUUCUGAACCCUCACGUCUACAGGCUUUGGCUAUGCAAUUUGUCGAUAAGGUUACCAAUUUGGUGGAUGUCAAUGAGAAGAUAUUCGACAUGAAGCAGGGUAACUUCUUCCAACGUGGUAACAUGGGCAAUCGUGGCUAUAAUCGCAAUCAAAACAAUCAAGGUGGUGGCAACUGGGGUGGUCAGCGUCGUGAUAAUCGUAAUCAACGUAAUCGUCAACGCGGUCAACAUCAUCACAAGAACCAACAACAGCAUCAUCAGCAACAACAGCAGCAGCAACAACAACAACAACAGCAGCAGCAACAACACGAACAACCCUUGCAACAAGUCGCCGAAGAGGAGUAA